AUGUCUUUGUAUUUCUCGACCUCACCCCCUCCGACCCUUCGGUCCGUCUGCGCUUUAUCAACCUUGUUAAAGCAACAACAAAGCGCGCCUUCCAACCAAAAAGUCGUCGCAGGAGUCGCCAAGGCUAUCAUCUCCAAUUUACGUCUCUUGGGCGAAAAAGAAGUGACGUAUUCGCAAGCCGCAGACCGGCGCCUUAACCGCGGAAAGCAAUACUCAAAAGAACAUGUGACUCAUCAGCUGGUUGGAUCUACGUUAAAGACAUGA